CUUUUCAUUUUGUUUAGAAAUUUUGAUUAGGAAAGUGGUUUUCGUUAAAAAAAAAAAAUCUAUGGAUAAAAAAAUAUUGCAACCGGUAUGUCCCACAAAUCCUUUGGUUUACUUGGACAUAACAAUUGGCAAAGAGAGUGCUGGGCGAAUGAUAAUUGAACUGCGCAAAGACGUUGUACCAAAAUCAGCCGAGAAUUUCCGUGCUUUGUGCACAGGUGAAAAGGGCAAUGGUACAUUAGGUAAACCGCUCCAUUACAAGGGUAUACGUUUCCACAAGGUGACAAGCCUGUAUGUGGCACAAAGUGGCGAUGUUGUGAAUAACGAUGGCACCAGCGGCGAAAGUAUUUAUGGACCAAUUUUUGAUGAUGAAAAUUUCGAACUACUUCAUGAUGAAGGUGCCAUUAGCAUGGCAAACUAUGGACAGAAAGACACAAACAAUUCGCAGUUUUUUGUUGUGGCCAUAUCUAGCAAUAAUCUCGAUAACACGAAUGUAGUUGUUGGAAAGGUUCUGCGUGGUUUGUCUAUACUUUCGGAUAUGGAACUCGUUUCAUCGGAUGAAGGUGAACCGCAAGAGGAUAUAAUAAUAGCGGAUUGCGGAGAAAUACAUCCAGGCGAAGAUUGGGGCUUUUGCGAUAAUGAUGAGACUGAAGAUAAGCUACCGCCCUACCCCGUAGAUUGGGACAGAAAAGCUGACGCGUUUACUUUUGAGGAAAUACUAAAUUAUCUUACGGUAAUGCGAAAUGCUGGAAAUCACUUUUUCACUCAACAAAACUACCUCGAAGCGCGUCGCAAGUAUCGAAAAGCAGAUCGUUACUACAAUAUAUUUCUACUCCGUUUCGAUAAUCCGAAGUAUAAACAUCUUAUUAUCGGCGAGGGUGAUGUAACGAAGCUAAAAGAUUUCUUCGUGAUUAAUCAAACUAAUUUGGCUGCAGUGGAUCUCAAGCUGGAAAAAUAUAAUGAUGCAAAAUAUGCUUGCACAGAGGCGCUGCGUAUGAAUGAUGACUGCUUCAAAGCACUCUAUCGUCGCGGUCAAGCCAACAUUGGCCUCAAAGAAUAUGAAAGUGCGAUAGCUGAUUUGAAUCAUGCUAAUGAAAUUGUACCUAAUAAUAAGAACAUUUUAACCGAAUUAGUGCGCGCUAAAAAAUUACUCUCCAACUAUCACCAAACACAAAGAGAAGCAAUGAAAAAGUUGUUCGCUUAAACAUAUAAACCUCAUAGAAAAAA